AGGGCUCCGCGCCGCUCCUGUGCGCGGGGGGCCCGGUGAGCCUGGACUGCCGGGUGCCCGAGAUCGUCCGGGUCGCGCAGCGCGGGGACGAGGGCGCGUUGCUGUCGCUGCUGCAGGGCGGGGAGAGCCCCGACGCGGCGGACGACUUCGGCCUCACGGCCCUGCACGUGGCGGCCAAGAAGGGCCACGUCGCUGUCGUGGGGCACCUGGUCGAAGCGCGCGCGGACGUGAACAGGCGCGCCUCUGGCCUGCGCGGGGAGACGCCCGCCUUCUACGCCUGCAAGUACGGGCGCGCGGGGGUCCUGUCCCUGCUGCUCCGCCACGGGGCCGACCCUGGCCUGGCGACCGCGGACGGCAGGCUGCCGUCCCAGCUCGCGCGGGAGAAGGGGCACCACGAGGUUGAGGCGAUCCUGCUCGGCGUGCUCCGCUGGUCUGUCUGACCAGGCCACGCCCAGGCAGGACGGCAGGCCGCGAUCGGUGCAGGGAAAGCCGCGCCAGACUGCGGUGCAAGGCCGUCCUGGCUUAAUAUCAGGAUAUUCUGACGUUGCCCUGCCUGAGGUGAUUUAAGUGAUGGGUUUGCAGCGGAUCUGCAGCCGAUGCAAUGGACACCAGCUGCCCGUGCCCCGUGUCGGCAAGCACGUGGCCAAGCUAGGCGUUCCAGCGGGCCGUGAGGCCUGGCGCCUGGUAGUCUUCGAAGCCUGCCGGCGAGUGAUCUCAAUGGGCGACGGGGGGCCUGCAGGAAUUGGGCGGGUCAGGCGACAUCAGGGGCAGCGUUUUUUCUCGAUCAGGGGUUCUCCCCCCCCUCCCCCAUCCCUCCC